CUUUUCUCUUUGCGCAUGCUCGAUAAAUGUUGCUGCCGUAGCCGGACAGGAGCACGGACAACCAACACACCGGGGAUGGUCAUUCUUUAAAACCAAUAUCAACGGUAUAUCUCCACAAAAUGAAGUUUCCUUACUCGUAGAUUCGUGAGGAUAUGGUGAGGAGAAGGUGUCCCAUGCUGCAUUAGUGGAAUAGUGACAUGCUGGCCUGUCUGCCGGCAUCAGGUGACCCUACCAUCAGACUUCUCUCCCGCACGCAGAUGAACACUGGACUUCAGAAAUGGGAAACUACACAGAAGAUGAGAUCUGCCAGCUAUCCAACCCCAGCAGAGUUGGAUGCCUAUGCUAAGAAAGUCGCCAACAACCCUCUGACCAUCCAGAUCUUCCCCAACAGUGUCAAAGUACCUCAAAGGAAGCACAUACGCCGCACAGUCAACGGGCUUGACACAUCCUCGUCCAGCCAGCGCCACAGUCCCUAUCCCUCUCAGGUCAGCUCCAGUAGGGGCCUGCUGGCUGUCCUCCGUGCGCCUGCCAAAGGCGUCAUCAAAGAGUUAGACGGUAGCCGCGCCCGACAGCUUCAGAAGGCCGCCAUGAACCCUCACAGUGGGCCGUAUGCCACUCAAAGCACUUUAAAUCUUCCUCAACCGGCUCCUCACCUACAGGGCCCGUCUCAGCCUGUGGCCCAGGCUGCACAGAAGCAGGGCAUGGUUCACCCACAGGCGCUACAACAACAGCAAAGCAUGACUCACCCAAUGACUUUACAGCAGCCUCAAACUAUGCCUCACCCACAGGCUUUGCAGCAAAGGAACAUGGCUCAUACACAAGCUCUGCAACGGCAGCAGAGCUUGUCCCAAGUUCAGACCUCACAGCAGCAAAGGUUGGCUCACCCACAAGGCAUACAGAGGCAGCAGAGUGUGCCUCACCCCCAGGCCCUGCAGCAACAACCGAGCCAGUCUUGUCCACCAGUCGUACCACAGCAGCACCUGUCUCACAUGCAGACAUUAAAGCAUCAGACGGCUCCUCCGCAAGCUUUACUUACACAACAAGGAGUGACUCAGGAUCUGCGCCACAUGUCCGAUGCAGCUCAGCUUCCGAGCCUGCAGCACACCCAUGGGCUAGUUGCCUCACAGCCCCUUCCCCAGGCUGUGGGUGCAGGACCUUCUACCAUGCCGAAUAGCCUCCAGCAGCCCCCUCCAGGGGCAUACGGGCCCAGGAAGCUCCCUGAUGCAGAUGCCCCACCAAAUGUAACUGUAUCUACCUCCACCAUCCCACUGUCAAUGGCAGCCAGCCUGCACCAGAACCGGACUGGUGACCUGAGCAGCAUUGUGCACCAAAUAAACCAGUUGUGCCAGGCACGGGCUGGCAUGGGCACCACCUCAGUCUGUGAGGGUCAGAUUGCAAACCCCAGCCCCAUCAGCCGCAACCUGCUGAUCAACGCCAGCUCAAGGGUGUCCUCUCACCACCCGGGUCUGGGCUCUGUGUCCAGCUGCCUCAUGGUGGGACCCUUAGACAAAUCUACAGCUCAGACUCCCAGUGCUGCUCUCCAGUCACAGCCCAAUAUAAUGGCUACUAAUAGUAUACCUGCCUUUCACACAGACCCAGAGAAGGUACAACUGCAGCAACAGCAGCAGCAACUUCAGCACCAUUUACAUCAGCAGAAACAACAGCAACAGCUACAGCAGCAGCAGCAUUUACAACAACUGCAGCAGCUGCAGCAGCAGCGCUCCUGGGCUGAACAUCAACUGGCCCACAUGCAGCAGGCCCCUGAAGGGGCCCAUCCCUGCAAGAACCCAAGAAUGGAGCCUCCAGCUGAGUGUGCUUUCCCAUCUCGAAACCUCAGCUAUUCACACAAGCUACCCAACACUGCACAGUCGUUUGCUCUGAAACACCCUGCUGAAAAACCACGACCCUCCUCCCCUGUUAACUGCCCAGUAGGUUCUAUGCCUUACAUUAAUGGCCACUACAUGCAGCCACCGUGGGGAAACAUCCCAGCCACAGCAGGUAAUGGAACCGGCCCUCAGGACCACCCAGUGGCUUUCCAGGGGGGACAGGCUGCUGCCUCCACAGACCGCAUCCCAGGGGCAAAGUACAGACCAGGGAAAGAGGGUCCUGCUGGUCAGUCGAAGUUGAUGCAGAAUGUGGAUUUCUUAGGAGGGGACUUCCAGAUGCCCAACUUUCAGGAGCAGAAUAUGGGUGUGAUGGAGAAGAUGCACAGGUCAGCCAUGGGCCAAGUUCAGGACCCCAACAAUGGCGGAGGUGUCCACACUCAUCACCCAGGCUACCGUUAAAGCGUGUGCUGACCCCCCACCCCCCACCCCACCCCCGGUGUGUUUGAGUUUUUCCUCAGCUUCUGUGGUUUUAUUCUUUAAGAUCUUGCAAGUGAUCAAUUACAUUUUAUUGCUUCAGAGCUUGAUUUGUAGACCCACCAGGUUGUGACGUUUCAAAGUAUUCCUCAGGUCUUAAGCCAUGUCGUACCUUUGUUGCAGAUGAAGGGUUUUUAAAUUUGUUGUCCACUGUUGAGUAGAAUUCCUCUUUUCAUCACUGGCAUGGGUGUGCUGCUCUUUGUUCAUGUAUAUAUGGUGUUUAAAAUAUUAAUUUGCAGCUGAGAAUAUGAUUGUCACAGUGCUUUUCCUCGGUUGACAUGGAACAACUCAACUCUUUUCAGCAUUUGUGGCCUUACAACUGCCCAAAGGCAAGAUUUAGGAUGUCCUUGUAUAAUGUUUAAUUUGCAAUUAUUUAUCCUCUUUGUGAUCCAUUUAAAUAAGGUUACAUGUAUAUGCAAUUAAUAAGACUGUUGAUAAGGUUUUUGUCCCAGGAGUUGAGGGGUGUACACUUGUUAACAGGCCUAAGUGAGAACCACACGUCCUCUAUCAGGAAAACAACAUGGCUUCUGAACUGCACUGCGAAGGGUCUGUCGUUUUUGCAUGGUAUGUGCGCAAAAAUGGCUCUUUUACUGUUAAGCGGAAUUUGAGUUAAAUAAGAUAAAGCCAGCACUGGCAAAACAGUAAAAUUCUCCAUUUCUGAGAUUCAUGUAGUUUUUCUUACAUUUGGAAAGUGCCCUCUUGGUUGUGAUAUUUCGAGAAUUGCUUUUGAAGUUAUGAACAGUUUUUGUUGUAUUUCUGUAGAUGGUCCUACUUGAACUGUAGAAAUUCCUUUUGUUAAAUGUUGUGCUUAACAUUUGGCAAAAGGAGCAGAAACUCCAUUAGCCCCCAUUUGUCUAUAUCUAAUGUGAAACAGAAUGGCAUCCCAUUAAUAUUAAAAUGGCCUAUGUAUGUCGUCAUGUGAAAAGCAAAUUGAUCACUUGCAAGUGUGCAAGUACUUUAAAUAGCUGGGAAGAUUUCCCUCCAACACGUUUUCUCACCACUUUACUACUGUAAUGCAAGUCAACUGAUGUGGUGUGGACAUAAUCUGUGUGGCUUGUGGUGGGCUGUUAUCUACUAAUCACUGGCCUUACCCUGUGUUGUAUUUCUGCUACCUAUAAAGGAAAAAAAGUUAAGAACAUUUAAUGCAGGUUAUGUUUUGCUAGAUGUGUCUAGCAUGAAACUCUGGACCCAUUUCCUCCUCCUCGUCCUUUUUCGGGUUGAUGUUAUCUGGUCAUAUAUUGCCCUGCUAGCCUCACGCCCUUUGGAAAAAGCCUUAAAUGUCACAGUAGUUAUCCUCUACGUAAUACUUACCUUAACCGUCUUUCUUUGCCAGGAAUAAGUAUGGCUUCAUUAUUUUCUCUGGUUUAUUUGAAAUCUGUUAAAACUGUGUACUGUCAGAUCAUUGGGCAGUGUUAAUAUGUAUAGGCACAGGGAAUGGGUGAUAUUGCCUUUAAAUUGAAAUAUUAAAAAGGUAAUAAUGCUACUCAUACCUGUUGAUAAAUCACCUAUCCUACUGUCUCAAAUGUUGCCUAUCUAUCAAGGAAUUAAGAUGAUUUUAAGAGUAAAAUAUGAAUAGUAUUUAGCAAAUGAAUAGGUAUGUAGAACAGGGCUGUAGCUGUUAAAGUAUUUGAACUCUGUUUUAGUUGUUAUACUUAAUAUCCUUUAUAUAGUUUGUUAAUUUAUUUUUUUUUUUGGACCACUGCAUCCUGAAGCCAUAGGUCUUUUCACAUUAGGUGCCAUAGAUGACACAUUGACGCAGACAGUGUAAAAUGAAUUGCCUGAACUCCAGAGGCAAGUAAGGGGUUUGUAUCCAUGCUUUAAUCUGACGUCUUUCACAGCGCUGAACAUUUCUUCUUUGAAUCGUUCUCAGAAUACAGGACAGGUCAAAAGGGAGAAAGAAUGGCGAGAUGAUACGUUCAGAGAAAGACAGCGGAGACGCAAGCCGUAGCUUUUCUGGUUUUUGGUCUUCAUACUUGAUGGCAGUUUUCUUUUUUUUUCAUGGCUCUCAUUUUUGAUGUGCCUGCCCCUUAAAGCUGCUAUUGACUUUAAUCUUAACACACACUAGUAUGAUUCGUGUGCGUGUGUAUGAAUAGUAAUGAUGUUUGGGCUGUAUCAGUGAAAGUAAGUUCCUAUUUAAGGAUGGGCGCAACACUCAAGUGCUGGUAAAUUUGGUAAGGUCUAUUCUACCGGCCAUAUUUGGAGAUUAUUCUAAAUGUAUAAUAACUAACCAGUAUACAAAGUGGCAGAGUGAUUUUCAGGAAUCUGACACAUAGCGGCCUAAAGACAGACACCUUCCAGGCCCAUUUGGAUUUCCUAACUUUAAAUCAACACUAAACAGUUUGACAAGUCUGCCCAGUUUAUUUUGAACUGCCUCAUUACAGCCCGACAUAGUCAGGUUCUACAGUUUCAUAUGAAGUGCCUCUACUGGGCUUAGUAUGGAGAAAUGUGUGAAUGGGUGCUUGAGUGAGUGUGUGUGUGUGUGUGUAUGUUAAGCUUGGGUACUUGCACACAGGUGUGCACGCUGACAAGGUGCACGAAGUUAAUCUCUGAUGGGGGACCAAGCUACUUAGUGUAACUACUGAUACUGUGUCAUGGACUGAAGUCCUGAAGUGUGCCACGAUUCCUAGACACUGUCGGGAUGUGUGAACUGUUUGCUGCUGACUCACUGACCAAAGUGACCAAGCGUCCCUCUCUGUAACCACCCCGGUCAAACGCCUUGGCAAGCUUGUAUUGGGAACUUGUGUUCUAACUGUAAUAAGCAACAACCCGGCGACAUAAAGGAGAGCUGCUGCCCUCAUUUGGAUGGUUAAAGAAAAUCUUGUGAAGUAAAAGUGUAAAGAUGUGAACAGAGAUGAAAAAAUCUAGAGGGAGUGGUUCCUGUCUGCACAGUUCGCCCCAGUUUUGAUGUUCUAACCAAAACAUAUGUUGUGUCUCACAAUAGUAGUAUUAAGAAACAGUACAUGUCAGUAUGCACUGUGAGAAUAUAAUCUACUUAAGCACAUUGUAGCUCAUGUUAGUUGACUCAGAUGGCAAUAUUUAACGGGGUACAGGUAUGUAACAACUCUCUCUAGAUUUAUUUUUACUCCAAUUCCUAUGAUUGUCUUUGAUUAUCAAAGCUCUAUCAUGUUGUGAACGGUGGUGGAGGGGGGCUUACUUUCUCUACUUUGUGAAAAUGUGAUAUUCCAGUUUUGCCUAACCUUCAGGAAUAAAAUGUCUUGCACAAACAUUCCCCCUAACCAAAAUAAAGUUUGCAAACACAA